AUGAUUAGGAGAAAGCUGUCGUUGGCUGCUUCCUUCUGCCUUGUUCUAGCGAUGGUGAUUUCUCGCACAGAUGCUGUGGCUGUCAUGUCAAUAGAUGUAGGGAGUGAAUGGAUGAAGAUGGCAAUCGUUAAACCCGGUGUACCGAUGGAGAUUGUACUCAACAAAGAGUCAAGGAGGAAAACACCUGCAGUUGUAUGUCUCAAGGAAAAUGAAAGACUUUUUGGUGACAAUGCUCUAGGAGUGUCUGUGAAAAACCCUAAAACGGUUUAUCGACACCUUCAAAAUCUCAUGGGCAAGAAGCACGACAACCCACAGGUAGCGGUUUACGGGAAACGGUUUCCUGAGCACCAAUUGCAAGUUGACCCCGUUCGAGACACGGUUUACUUCAAACAAUCUGAGAAACUGCAGUAUACGCCAGAAGAGCUUCUAGGAAUGAUGCUCAAUUAUUCUCGUGGACUGGCUCAAGACUUUGCAGAACAGCCAAUCAAAGACGCCGUUAUCACUGUUCCAGCAUUUUAUAAUCAGGCGGAGCGAAGGUCAGUUCUCCAGGCUGCACAUAUGGCAGGUCUGAAGGUCCUUCAGCUCAUCAAUGACAACACAGCCGUGGCCUUGAAUUAUGGGGUGUUCAGAAGGAAAGAUAUUGACAGCACAGGCAAGAGUGUGAUGUUUUAUGAUAUGGGCUCAGGCAGUACAACAGCUACCAUUGUCACAUAUCAGACUGUGAAAACAAAGGAAUCUGGAACCCAACCCCAGCUGCAGAUUCGAGGUGUCGGGUUUGAUCGCGGGUUGGGUGGGUUUGAGAUGGAUUUGCGUCUCCGUGAUCACUUGGCCAGACUUUUCAACGAGCAGAAAAAGUCCACGAAAGAUGUCCGUGAGAACCACCGCGCCAUGGCCAAGCUACUAAAGGAGGCCCAGAGGCUAAAGACAGUGCUUAGUGCCAAUGUAGAAUUCAUGGCCCAGGUAGAAGGUUUAAUAGAUGAGAUUGACUUCAAGGCGAAGGUCACCAGAGCAGAGUUUGAAGACCUGUGUGCUGAUCUAUUCGAAAGAGUGCCUCACCCAGUGCAAGAUGCCCUCACUGCUGCAGAAAUGAAUCUGGAUGAAAUUGAACAGGUGAUUCUAGUAGGUGGCUCUACCCGUGUCCCAAAGGUUCAGGAAGUGCUGCUCAAAGCAGUGGCGAAGGAAGAGUUGGGAAAAAACAUCAACGCGGAUGAGGCAGCUGCCAUGGGAGCGGUGUAUCAAGCUGCUGUUCUCAGUAAAGCUUUCAAGGUGACACCUUUCCUAGUCCGAGACGCAACAGUCUUCCCCAUUCAGGUGGAUUUCACUCGUGAGGUUGAGGAGGACGGUGCCAAAACUUCAAAGCACAGCAAACGCAUCCUCUUUCAGAGGAUGGCACCCUACCCCCAGCGAAAGGUCAUCACAUUCAACCGCUACAAUGAUGACUUUGAUUUCAACAUCAACUAUGGGGACCUCAACUUCCUGUCUCAGGAAGACCUCAGCAUGUUAGGCUCUAUGAACCUGACAACAGUCAAGCUGUCUGGAGUGGGGCGGAGCUUUCAGAAACACACACAUGCAGAUUCUAAGGGCAUUAAGGCUCACUUUAACAUGGAUGAAAGUGGAGUUCUUCUCCUGGAUCGGGUAGAGUCUGUUUUUGAAACAGUUGUGGUGGAGAAGGAGGAAGAUUCCACAUUAACUAAACUAGGUAACACAAUUUCCACUUUGUUUGGAGGUGGAUCACCUGAAAUUGCCCUCAAUCUGACUGAGCCUACACAGGAUGAGGAUAAUACAUCUGAAAAGGAAGCAAAGGAUGAGAACAAAAAGGAUGACAGCCAGAAGGUGGAGAGUACUAAGGACGAAUCGGAAAAAAGCACCUCAGACGGGAAAAAAACGGAAGAAAAAGAUGCCAGCCACCUCACUGAUGACAAGGAGGAAAAGGACAGUGAAAAGAAAAUCAAGGCAGAGGAUGAUGAAAACGUGACCAAACCUUUGAAAAAGACAAAGAUCUCAGAAGACAUUACUAUUGAGCUGAUCAUCAACGAUGUCCUGAAUCCCACCACAGAUGACCUCAACGCUUCCAAAAAGAAGCUGCUUGAUUUGACGGAUCGUGACUUGGCUAAACAAGAAAGAGAAAAAAUGCUAAACACCUUGGAAGCUUUUAUCUUUGAAACUCAGGACAAAUUAUACCAGGACGAUUACCAGUUGGUGGUGACGGAAGAGGAGCGGGAACAGAUUUCCUCAAAACUGAGCGAAGCAUCGACGUGGAUGGACGAUGAGGGUUACUCUGCUACCACCGGUCAACUAAAGGAAAAGCUUGUUCAACUUAAACAUGUUUGUAAGGACAUGUUUUUCAAGGUGGAAGAGCGACGGAAGUGGCCGGAUAGGCUUGCCACCCUGGACAGUAUGCUCAACACGUCCAGCUUCUUCCUGCGGAGUGCAAGGCUCAUUCCAGAAGAUGAUCAAAUUUUUUCACAAGUUGAACUUAAUGUGUUAGAAAAAGUCAUCAGUGAGACAAUAACAUGGAGGAACGAGACUGCCGCUGAGCAGGAGAAACGUUCUCCAACGGAGCAUCCGGUCAUGCUUUCAAAAGACAUUGAAGCAAAGCUUUCCCUGCUGGAGAGAGAACUCAACUAUCUGCUGAAUAAAGCAAAGUUUGCCAAACCCAAGUCUAAAGACAAGGUCAAGAAUACCACAAGCUCUAAUAAAAGCAGCAACAGUGAAGAUGAAGAGAAAAUCACACCCUCCACAGAGGAGGGCACUGACAAAACAGGCGAAGACAAGCUUCCGGAUGACUCCGCGCCCACCGAGGAAAGCGCAGCUCAAAUAGAAAAUGAUAGCCAAUCACAGCUGAAAGAGGAAACACAAACAGGACCAGAGAAAGUCAAAUCUGAAAACCACAUCGGUGAUGAAUUAUAA